AUGAUGAUCGGCGGCGGGGUCGCGACACCUCCGGGAACUGCCAGGCCCGCUGCCGCGACGAUCGAUGACAUGGUGGUCGACGGCAUCGCCGGUGCCGGGUGUGUCAGUGUCAGUGGCAGUGCCAGUGCCAGUGGUAGCGGCAGCCCCGCGACCGGCUCGGCCCGCGCCGCCGGCAACGACGAGACGACCAGGCCCGCCGCCGCCGACCGCGACGACGACAGCCUCGUCGCCGCCACCGUGGCGCGCCCUUGGGAGCCGCCGAUCCAUCCCGCGAGGCUUCACUCGCACCCGACGCACCACCGGAUCGACGCCCCGCCCGCGCCGCCCGCGCCCCUCGUAGACGGUGUGAGUCUGCAGAACUGCACGUCGGGUCAAUUUUUGGGCGGCAGCAACGGUGGCGCCUCCAGGCAGCGUCUUCUGGAGUUGUCCCAUGGGCUGGGGGCGCUCAGGCACUACAACGACCUGGCUAAUCACGUUCUAUCGUUAAAUCAGCAAGGCGCGGUCGUGACCAAGCUCUUAGGUACCCUGCGUCCACCGGGCCUGAUAGGCGGAAGCAAGCCGAAGGUAGCUACUCCCGCGGUCGUCGCCAAGAUCGAGCAGUACAAGAGAGAGAACCCGACCAUCUUCGCCUGGGAAAUCAGGGAGCGGCUCAUCUCCGAAGGGGUGUGCAGCAACGCGACGGCCCCCUCGGUGAGCAGCAUCAACCGCAUCCUGAGGAACCGGGCGGCGGAGCGGGCCGCCGCGGAGUUCGCCAGGGCUGCGGGUUACGGCCUCUACGCGGCCGGACCACAUCCCUACUUCAACUCGGCGCACCACCACCCCUCCUCGUCGCACCACCUGCCGGGCGGCUGGCCGGGCCCUGCCGCCGGGGCCCACCCCUGGGUGCUGCCGCCCCUCGCGGGCGGCAUCUCCGGUGCGGCCUCCGCCCUCCUGCUGCCGCCGUCCCUGAGUCCGGGCACGGCGGCCGCUGCGGCCGCCGCUGCCGCCGCCGCUUCCGCCACCGUCGCCGGCAGCCCCGAGCACGCCCUCCACGCGGCCGACGCCAUCGCUAGGGGGUACCUCCAAGACGGAGACGGCGAUGAGGGCAGCCUGGACGGAUCGGAGCAGCCGAAGUUCCGGCGGAACCGCACUACUUUCAGCCCGGAGCAGCUGGAGGAGCUGGAGAAGGAGUUCGAGAGGUCGCACUACCCCUGCGUCUCGACGCGCGAGAGGCUCGCGACGAAGACGUCGCUCUCGGAGGCGCGCGUGCAGGUUUGGUUUUCCAACAGACGAGCAAAGUGGCGGCGCCAUCAGCGAAUGAACCUUUUAAAGCGUUCGCCGCCGCCGCCGCCGCCGCCACCACCGCCGCCGCCGCUGCCGCCGCAGCAACCACCGCAUUCCGCAUCCGCGGCCACGUUGGAUAUCGGCCGUACGGCGGGUUGCUCCAUCGGCGGAAUGGGCGGCGAAAAUAGCGCGUUCCGCGCGGUCGAGCGGCUCGAGCGGACCGAGAGGAUCGAGCCGAUCGGCCGGCAGACCGAGCGGAAGCCGAGCGCCUUCCGCAUGAUCAGCCAGCUGGUGGGCGACCCCGAGCCCAGCCCGCCGCCCCCCGGCAGUCCCGGGGGGGCCCGGGGACCGCCCUCGGACGGGGGCCGCGGCCCCGAGUCCGCCGACGACGAGGACGAGGAGAUCGACGUCCAGGACUCCGAUCAGGACGCGCCCUCGCCCACUCCCAUGGCCUGGCGGGAUCACUGGGCGGACCAGCAGCCCCUGGAGCUGACCAAGCACGAUCGCUGA